GCCGCCGCGCCGCCACCGCCGCCGCGUCUCAGCCCGCCGCGGAGGGACACAGAGCCCGGCGCCGAGCCCUGCGCGCGCGCCUGCGGGGCGGACCUGGACGAGCGCGAGUCCUACUGCGCGAGCGAAUUCGCAGUGAACGGAAUCGUGCAUGAUGUGGACGUGCUCAGCACAGGGAUCCAGCUGGUGACUCUGCUGGUGGACCGGGACGGGCUGUACAAGAUGAACCGCCUGUACAUCACUCCGGACGGGUUUUUCUUCCGAGUCCACAUAUUAGCCCUAGACUCCUCCAGUUGCAAUAAGCCAUGUCCAGAAUUUAAACCUGGCAGCAGGUAUAUUGUGAUGGGCCACAUCUACCAUAAGAGACGGCAGUUCCCUACAGCUCUGCUCCAGGUCCUAAGAGGGCGCCUCCGACCAGGAGAUGGGCUGCUCUGGGGCGGCAGCAGCUAUGUGAACAGGUUUAACCGAAAAAGGGAUGGGCAAGUUCAAGGUGCAGUUCACACCCAGUGCAUUUGAAUUGUGCCAUCCUGGCAUUUCUGGAUCAUGAGAGACUUGGAAUUCAGCAACAAGAUGGGAAAGAUCUAUCUUCAUGUUAACGGGAUCUUCUUUUAGAAUAGGGCCCAACGCUCAUUUAGGAACUAGCUGCAUAGUUCCAACUCUAAUCUUGAAGUUCUCACUUUAUUUGCAAAAUGCUUCUUAAAUUGUAUGGUUCUGAGCUCUGUGACAAAGUUAUUCAACUAUAGCACCAGUUAUGCACACAGCUAACUGACCUGUCCGGUUAACAGAUCACUGCUUCAUGUGGUUUAUUUUUAAUUAUUUUAAUUUAAAUACAUUCUUCAGUAGAAAUAGUUCACAAAAACAUUUCCUUGAUUUUAUAUACAACUUUGAAUAGUUUAUAUCACGUAUCAAAGCAAAUUUUAUACCCAAACCAUCACAUUUAAAAUUCUGUACAUAACAGUAAGUGCACUAGUCAGACAUGUAUGAAAUGUCAUAUAGAUCCAACACUAGGGUCAGAACCCAAGACAAGUUAUAAAGUUUUACACUUCAAGAAUACUAAAGGGCUUAAUUCAAGCAAAAUAUUUUUUCAACAAGUGUUUCUGAUGUACCAAAAUGUAAGAUAUAGUUUAUUUUCAUGUCUCCCUGCUCCUGAAAACGUAUGUUUUGUGCCGAACUGGCAGCUAUCCCAAUGCUAAACAUAUUCUGGGUGUAUCUGAUGUCAUUUUUCUAGUAAGACCAAGUAUCAUGUUUGUGUUUGUAAAGCAGUAAAUCUUGCCUUGAAAUCAGAUCUUGGAUGCACCUGGUUUUUUUAGCCUCACUGAGCCCCAAAGGUUUGGGAAAAAGCCUUUCUCAAACUUACUCCAAAAACCCUGGAACCAAUAUUCAAUGACAGCUUGCAAGCAUGUGAAUUUUAAGCGUUUUCCAGUUGGUUUGAAAAAGGAUUAAUCACUAGCUGAAUUUAAUAUUGAUCUUAUACUUGACUCUACAGAUAUUAACAAUUUUUUUCAGAAGACCAAGCUGUACAAGUUUAUUUGAAACACUGUGAAUAGAGACACUGAUAAUCUAUGGUUGAAGAUUACGGCCUAAAGAAAGAUAAAAAGAACUGCACUGAAGAGAGAAAAACAGCCUAUGUGGUCUUAAAGGAGAUGCACUCAGGCACGUGCCUUUAGCCUGUAAUGGCACACAGUCUUUAAUGGCCAUACAGAAGCAAUGAAUAUACCUAAAGGAGGCCAGGACAGGAUCCAGCAAUAGCCUAAGAUAUAACAUCUGAUUGUAAUGGGAGAUACUGUUAUCUUAUUUACCCAAACAGGAGGCCAAGAGGUAAAAUAAAAGUUGAGAGGUUCUGACUAUUCUGUGGUUAAAGCAUUACUGAGGGAUUUUUAGAGAAUUUUCCAAAAAUGAUUCUUGCCUAAACUUAUUAGAAUUGCUUCUUGGGAAAUCAGCGACAUUAUUACACAAACUAUCAACAGCAGAGGAUGCAGCAAGUGAAGAGCUUCUGGGUUAGUUUUUCUUACGAUAAAAAUUAACUCAAAUGUAAGUAGCACCAGUCACAAAAGUCAAAGCCAAAUUUUCAAAUGUGACAAGGCUAAGUGGUAACCUUGAGUAACAUGGAAAAUAAAAUGGCCAAACGGGUAAAUUAUUGGUUGGAUGGUCAGAUGUUUGAGCAUGAAGAGUAGAGUUAGAAAUAACUCUGGUUUAAAAGGGAGGGGGGAAAUCACUUUUAUAAUACAUAGCCGGAGGGUUAGGGUUUGAUUAGACUGAUUUGAUAAUAACUCAAGUUUCUGAGUUUUGGAAACACAAAGUGCCCAAACUGCGUGAUCUGUGUGACGCUUGGCCAUACAGUUAAUAUGUACACCCCAGCACACACAAGCAGGCCAGCUUUUUAACAACUUCCUCGUUAAAAUGCAGGCCAUCCUUUAAGACCAGGUUUGCAAUGAAAGUCGAUAGAGGCUCAGAGGUAGAGCCGUGGUGGGUGUGGGGCCGUGCACAGGAGGCAACGAACAACGGGCUGGGAACUCCAGGUUAGCAAAAGAGGUGAAGAAUCUGCUUUUUCAAUAUUCAGUCAGUACCUUGGAUACCACCUUGAAUAUUAUGGACAAAUUUUAUUAGCAAAUUCAUUGUAGUUCCUAAUCCUUCUGUCCUACUGUACUUAGCACAUGGGUUUGUUAGGCUCCAAAGUAAGGACUCUGCACACCUAACAGUCCCUCAUCAAGAAAAUAUUCAGUUGCCUUUGAGAGGAACUCAUUAGCCUCUCCCCUUUGAAUUAAGCUGCUAGAAUUCGACAACAAAAAAGUACUUGUUUUUCUUUUGGUAGGGAAAGGUCUAUAAAACGUACACACUUUGUUUUUGGUACUAGCUUGUCACUGUCUUUUAAAGGUAUCAUUUGGCAUUGUUUAUCUCUCUCUUAAAAUCAUUUUUAAGGUGGAUCAAACACACGUAUAUGCAAACACCUAAAAACUGACCUGACACCUAUAAUGCACAACCCAACUUCAGGAACAGGACUUUAUCAUUUAAAAUAUAUGGCUUAUUUCUUCAGUUGAAUUUGGUCCAAGUGGGAUGAAGUGGGGUGUUAUCUUCUAAGAACUGUCUUUUUUGGUAUCUUAUUCUAAGUAUCUGGAAGUACCUCUGAAGAUUUCAAAUUAUUAAAAAUACUUCUCAGCUGGCUCUGUCUCCGCCAAGUACUUAUAAAAACAUCACUUUGCCCAUGAGAUAACACCAUUCUCAUUUUAAGGACUAGAAAGCUAAGACUUACGGGUAAUAGCCUCAAUUAUGAAAAGGGUGAGUGCUGCAAUAAGUCUGUAAGUGCAGAUUUAAAAGGUCACCAGGCUGGCUCUUGAUUAUGAGAAACACACAAAGAUGCAGGGAGUUUGCCUAACAGAAAUCAAGAGAAAUAGGGAAAGAACUUUUAUUUGCAGAUUCUAGGAAGGUAGAUGACAAACAACAGUAAAUGUCAGUGUCUGUAAAUAACACUCCAGGCCAUUUCGAUUAUCAAAAGGUAAUUGUUUUACUUUAGAAAAUAGCUCCAAAAACUCGUUUUUUUUAAACCCACUGCAGGAUAUUAACAAAUACAAAUCCUGCAGAAUUUGGAUAGGAGAAAAAAAAGCCUUACCAAUAUUAUGAAAAUACUUAUGAAAUAUUGUGUUUCCCUGAAAAGAAGACCUAGCUGGACAAUCAGCUCUAAUGUGUCCUUUGGAGCAAACAUUAAUAUA